AUGUGUCACCGACUGGUUCUCCUGCUUGCUGGUCUUGCUUUGGUGGUGGGACCAUCACGAACCUGCUCGCCUGCCGACACUGCUAUCUCGGCUCGUCAAGCCAAGGUGCUCUUUGAUGCGACCGAGCGUGCCCUAAUCUUCAUGCUGCGUAACCACGAUACAUUGAAUUUAGACGGCGUCAUGGGCGUAAGAGUGCUACAAGGUGUAUACGGCCAACUGCUUGCCGUUUACAGCUUGGGCUUACCGAGGCAAAUGGUGGAAAGAAUGGAACAAUUGCGAAAGUUAGCUGACCUGGUUGGAACGCUUGGUACAAUAACUGCUGCCGUUAAAACUCCUUUCUACUUUUCAAAAGCAAGCUUCCUACUGAAUGCUAAACUUUGGCAAUUCAUUCUACCAACACAGCGGUUUGAGAUACUGCCUACAACCGACCUAACCUCGAUACUCGCCGAUGAUAACAUUUCUGAGGUUGCAUCGGAUUUCUGCCUCCUUGAGUUCAUUACACAUGGCUCACAUCAGCAAUGCGAUAUCUCUCGAGAAUGCUUCGCAAAUAUGAAUGCGGACAAUUACACAUCCUACAGUUUAACACAUCAAAUCCUCUAUUACCUUGUCGGCAUUGGGGCUCGUUGUGGCCCCCAACUGAUUGAUUUGGCCGAAGAAGAGCCUCGUGUGGAAUCAGUUGAGAGACAAAUGGCCCAGUUUUGUGCAAAAAUCGACAGUGAAGCGAGAACUCUGGCUAAAAAUGACUUUCCAAAGGAGGCUCGUGACCUCUUCAUGGAGCAAGUCGGAGUGUGUGGAGUGGCGGGUUUCACACAAAUCGCACGUCCAGAGUGGUUGGAUCGGAUAGUAACCUGGCAGAAUCGUCACUCCGGCUGCUAUCACAGAUUUCGUGGCGAGAAUUUUGACCCAGAAAACUUCAACCCAAUGCGUUACGGCAAUUACCGUAAACGCUCCGAGAGUCGAAUGCAUGGCGGUGCGAGCGCAGAAGAGGCAUGCUUUUCCCACCGCACUGCCGUCGCCCUCAUCGCUCUUGCUGCCUUCGCUCGGCGUCUCACGGAACAGCUCGCCCUCCCUUCCCCUUCUCUAGCACAACUUUCAGUCCUCCUCAUUCCAUUUUCUUAA